AUGUCAGAAAUCGAGAAGCAACCUCUCAUCGAGGAUCAGCCCAAGCUCACCCUCCAGGAUCUCCGUGAAAGAUGGACAGAAGCUCGUGCGAACCUCCAAGCUGCUGCCCAAGACCUCCUCACAGCAAGACGCGACUAUGAGCGUGCAUGGUCCCGCACAACCCGCGGUCGUAUCACCAUCGCCGCCUUCUGCAUUUUCAUCAUCACCAUCUUCCUCCUGCCACUCGGCGGUCUUGUGCUUUUGGGUUUGAUGGACGACGAGCCUGAAGCAUACGAGUACCUGCCUAGAAGAGUUCCCUUGGAGGCACACAUCAUGAGCAAGUGUCCUGAUGCUCGUGACUGCCUUCACGAUCUCGUGCUUCCGGCCAUGGUCAAUUGGCUGACAAUACAACAGGNNACUAUCGAGGAUGACGACGGUGUCAUCUGCAUGCAUGGCCCUUCUGAAUGCUUGGGCAACUCGAUCGAACUCUGCGCAGCUCAUCUCUAUCCCAACCCCAGAAUUCACCUCGGCUUCACCAUGUGCAUGUCGCGCAACUACUCCGAGAUUCCUUCUGAAGACCUUGCCAAGGACUGCGCUUUGGAGCAUGGCAUCGACUUCGAGAAGUUGAACCACUGCCUGAGUGUCGACGAUGGAGCAUACUCUAGAGAUCUUCUCAAGAAGUCCGUUCAGAGAAGUGCUGAGAAGGGCAUCACCAAGAGCUGUACUAUCAGAGUUGACGACAAGAACUGGUGCAUCCGCGAUGGUGGUAGAUGGACGGACUGCGAGAACGGCCACGAAGUCAAGGAUCUCAUCGAGGAGAUCUACGACCUGAGAUGGAAGCACAGCAGUGCUUACGAGGCGAAGAUUGGUUCUAACUGA